UACGACCUCGCAUGUAUACAGGAACCGUUCCUCAACCAAGUAGGCCUUGCAAACGCAUCGAACUUAAGAAGAUACUGGGACGUCAUCUACCCAUCAAACCAUAACGCCAACCCCGCACGAUCUCAAUCCAUUCUACUAGUCAACAAAAAACUCUCCAAAAACAACUGGCACAUAGUACCACUAGACACUCCCAACAUAACAGCAAUCGAGCUC